CACGAUCACGCCUACAACCGCGUAAUCAUUCAAGGAUCCGUCAAGUCAACCUCCAAGUAAACGGUAUGGGUAUUCCAAUGGAUAACAUUCAUGCACCGUCCUCUGCGUCCUCAUCCUCGCCUUCUGCGGCUUCCAACGAUCUGAAGGAGUUGAUGCGGCAGAAGGAUGACGUAGAGGCCGAAAUGGACGCACUGGGGCAGGUGUUGGAGUCGCAUAAGGUGGAUAUGAAUACGGCUUUGGUUGAUUCACAAGGAUUCCCAAGAGCAGAUAUUGAUGUUGCGCAAGUGCGAGUAGCCCGUGCACGGAUCAUUCGCCUUCGCAAUGACCGUAAAGAGCUGUUGUCAAGAAUCGAAGCUGGGCUACAUGCGCAUCAUGCUCAGCUGCGGCAGCAAUCUGCUGCAUCUUCGUCGACAUCUUCGACGAGAGGACCGGCCCGAGAGGUGGUGGUGGAUACGGCGUUUGCGCUGGUUAACUCUGUUGCUCCUAACUCGCCAGCGGAGAGUGCAGGUCUUCAACGUGGCGACAGGAUCAAGCGGUUCGGUACUGUUCAUGCCGGCAAUCACGCAAAGUUAACAAAGCUGGCUGAGGUUGUGCAAGCGAAUGAAGGCCGUUCAAUCCCUUUGCGAGUCAGUCGAGCUACAGGUGUGGAUGAGGCGACGAUCGAGCUGACGUUAGUGCCGCGGAGUGGCUGGGGUGGAAGAGGAAUGUUGGGAUGCCACUUACUUCCUAUCUAGGUUGUGUGGAGUUCCCUUCACUUUCCUGAAGCGUGGGUUUCUGAGAUACUUGCGUUAUUCUGUAUCGCACGACGCAGCAAUGGCGUAUCAUACCUGUCAUGGAGACUUAUCCCCAAUAUCAAUUUCAGGGCUCAAACUCUUCUGUGAGCAGUCUCCUUACUCCUGUUACUUCAUUCGCCAAAGCUGUACCACGGGCAUCGGUUCUCAGUAAUUUCCUAA